GGAAGCACCUGGGGUAUGAUGUGAAGAGCUUACUUAGACCAUCCAGACCUCUGACACAAGCGGGUAUAAGCAUUGUGUCAACACCUUUUAAAGCAAAGUCGGCAUCACUUUCCUCUCGUAUAGCAAAAUUGCAGCACGCUGGAUCUCUUGUACAGAUGGUCCAAACAGCUACCUCAUUUGGGGAACUGUCCGAGGCACUAAGAAAAGCUAUUCUGUGGUGCAAAGGCAACAAAUUCAAAUCAGCAGCUUAUUUUCUGCGUAACAAGUUGUUGAAAAGCAACCGGCUGCACCACGUGGAGGCUCAAGGAUGCAGCUUGAAGAAAAAACUGUGCUGUGUCAAAACAUCUGUCCGUAAAUACCUCCUCUACGGGUCACAAAAGGCAGGCUGGCCAAAGCAGUACCUCAGGGCGUGGCGCUGUCAAAGGAGGAUCAAAUCAUCCACACGCUUGAAGAGAGCUCUGAAGGCUGUUCUGCAAAAACCUGCUGAGCAAUUUGGGGUCUGUGAGAACAGUGCUUCACCUGUCCUCCCAGCUUGCCAGGAUAGGCCUCUGAGUUGGGAGGGACAUUCUGAUGCUGAUACAGCCUCUGUCAAUUUAAGCACAGCAGGGACCCCUAAACAGCUGCUGCUGGGAGAAAGCCCUGGCCCUGUGUGGAAAGCAGCAACAGAGCACAUGGAUAUUGAUUCCAUUUUUGCAGCAAUGGGCAUCUGA